AUGAGGAUGACUCAAAACAACUGCAUCUAUGGCGCCGCCGUGGACGUCGAUCCCGUUCAACUGAAGGACAGUGGAUAUAUUCUGCUCCGUAUGAUAUAUCCAUCCGCGACUGUCCAACAAACUUACCACACUAGGUGGCAGGUUCCGCCAGUCAUUUCUGAUUCCCAAGUCAAAGAGAAUAUUUCGACCGGAAACAUGUUCGACAAGGAAUGA